UUUUUUUUUGCUUGAAAAGUUUUCCAACCACUAUCUUUAUAUUCUCGACAUUCUCCAUCCCCCCGCACACACACAAACAAUUGCCAAACACAAUUCUUCCUCUCCUUGAGCGACAUAGUUUCGAAAAUAGUUUAUCUUUGCAAUUUUACUUCUUAUUCUUUGAAAAGUAUAUAGUUUAUCUGGGCUGAUCUGAUUAGUUUUUAGUACCUUUUCCUGUAUAGUUUGCACACGACCUGUAUUCUCGCACGCCGUUCUCAUUGACAGCAUCCCCAAACAGCACACCGCAUCAUCUGCCAACAAGUGCUGCCCCUGCUUCCCAGUACAUACAUUUUCUUUUCCCAACACUUCAUCACAUCUAGACUCGACACAUGCAGCGGUUUAUCACUCCCUCCGCCCGCCUGGCACCGCGCUCACUCGCCCGCCUGUCGGCCUCCAGCAGCACGACUCUCACGGCACUUAGUGCCUGCAGACGGCUGCUGAUGCCGGCCCAAGGCACAAUGCUCCAGCAAGCUCCGGCACUCGCCCGCUUCCUCUCGAGCGAGUCUCUUGCGCGCCAGAUGUCGUCCGCCGGAGCCGAGGACCAGAUCAGCACAGGCCCAAGGGUGCAGACUGCCCAGAAGACCGAUGCUCCAGUAGCUGAUGAGUACGUGCCUGUUGAAUUCGCGUCGUACGAUAAUGUGCACGAGAACACCAAGAAGGCCAUUGACCGCGUCAUGGGUUUUAAGACAGCCAGCAAGGUGCAAGACCAGAUUAUCUCGCGGCUGCCGAUCGAGGGCGACAUCAUGGUGAAGGCCAAGACCGGAACCGGAAAGACCAUGGCGUUCCUGAUCCCGGCCAUCGAGACGCUCCUGAGUGAGUACGCGAAGGACCCGGAGCGCGCGAAGAAGGGUCGUGCGGUCGGGUGCCUGAUUGUCAGCCCCACGCGCGAGCUGGCCAAGCAGAUCGCCACCGAGGCCGAGCGCCUGGUCAAGUUCCAUGGGUGGAACGUGCAGUCGCUCAUCGGCGGCGAGCGGCCACGCGAGCAGCUCGAGCGGCUGAAGUAUGCACGGUCGGAUAUUGUCAUUGGCACGCCCGGCCGCAUCCUCGACUUCAUGGACAACCAGCCCACGUUCUCACAGCUGGCCGAGAAGACCAAGCUUCUAAUCUUUGACGAGGCCGAUGUGCUGCUGCAGAUGGGUUUCCGCAAGGAGGUUGACGAGAUUGUCAAGCGCGCGCCCAGCGAUCGCCAGACAUUCCUUGUUUCGGCCACGUUGGACCGGAAGGUGCGCGACCUGGCGCCGACAGUGUUCGAGCGCGGCUUCGACCUGAUCGACUGCGUCGACAAGGGCGAGACUAACACGCACGAUCACGUCAAGCAGGAGUACGUCGAGGCCGAGCACUCGCAGCACUUCCCGCUGAUCUGCGACAUCAUCCAGUCGCAUAUCGACAAGAAUAAGGCCGAGGACCGCGGCAGCAAGAUUGUCAUAUUCCUGCCGACCGUCAAGUGCGCCGAUAUGUACGCGCAGCUGCUCCGCACCCUGAUGCGCAAGGGCUCGUCGCCACAGGCCAGUCGCAGCUUUGGCGGCCGCGGCAAGUUCGACAACAGACGCGGCGGUGCCGGUGCAGGCGCCUUUGGCUCCGCCGACAGCGAGGUCAUCGAUGUGUCGGUGCUGCACGGCAAGAUCUCGCAGGAGUCGCGCACGCGCCGCUCUGAUAGCUUCCGUAAGUUCCCGGUGACCAUCGGCAACACGUCGAUCCUGGUUACCACCGAUGUCUCGGCGCGCGGUGUCGACUACCCCAACGUCUCGAUGGUUCUCCAGGUUGGCGUGCCGUCGGAGCGCGACGCCUACGUGCAUCGCCUCGGCCGUACGGGCCGUGCGGGCAAGUCGGGCGAGGGUGUGAUCCUGCUGGCCCCGGUGGAGAUGGGCUUCCUCAAGUGCCUCAACAACGUGCCUAUCACCAAAAGCGAGAAGUACACGCCCGAGUACAUGGAGCAGAUCUCCAAGUUUGGCUCUGAGGGUCUGCAGCGCUUUUCGUCGCGCUGGGAGGCUGCCGUCACGAACAUGGACCAGGAGAUUGUCCAGGGCGCCUUCCUGUCGCUGGUUGCCUUCUACCAGGCCCACGCCGAGAUGAUCGGCGGCCCCCGCGGCAAGGAAAUUGUUGAAGGCUCAAACUCGAUCCUUGAGACCUUUGGCACCGAGCAACCACCACUUCCCGCUAUGCUGCGCGCGUCUCUGGGCGUCGACCGUGGCCAGCGGAAGUCGUCGUUUGGCAACAACGGCUCCUUCAACCGCUCGAGCGGCUCACGCGGCUCCAGCUCGGGCUUCUCCCGGAACAACGACCGCGGCUCGAGCUACCCGAGAAACGACCGUAGCGACCGCAGCUCUAGCUUCUCUCGCAACGACCGCAGCUCCAGCUCAUUUGGCAGCGACCGCGGCUCCAGCUACCCGAGGAACGAUCGCAGCGACCGCAGCUCUAGCUUCUCUCGCAAUGACCGCGGCUCCAGCUCAUUUGGCAGCGACCGUAGCUCUAGCUUCUCUAAAGGUGGCGACCGUAGCUCGAGCUUCUCGAGAGGCGGUGACCGCGGCUCAAGCUCAUCCAGCAGCGAGCGGAGCAGCAGUGACAAGCCCUGGGUGAAGCGUGGUAGUGACUCCGGCCGCUACUAAAGCGUAUGCCCCUCCACAACAUUAAAAUCGUUCAAUUUAUCUUU